AUGAGUUUUGAAAUAUCUGGACCACAACUAAUUGAAGAUGUUGAAGUUGCAAGCGGAAAUGAUUUUAACCUUUUUGGAGAAGAGAUGAAUAGUCCUACAAAUAGCUUAAUCGAAGGCAUAAUUUUUCAAGACGGGGUGGUAACAUUUGACAUCUUUAGUGAAUAUCUUAACCGUGUAUAUUUUCUAUGUUAUGAGACUGAAAAUGCUGAAGUGCAUGCAAAUUACGCCAACCACUUUGCCUUAAUAACUUAUUUUCAAUUGGGUAAUUCUUUCAGUCGAUUAGAGGUGCCAUUGCAGUAUAAUAAUCGUCAUAAUUCACAAGAAGCUCUUAAUAGCGAAGUAGAAAACCAAAUUUCUCAUGAAAAUCCCAAUCUUGGUACGUAG